UGUAAAUCAGCGAAAAUUUCGAAUCCUUUCACUACUCUCUCAACCAAUCUCUCUGUGCAUGAGCAUGAUGAUGAUGGCGUUGCUUCGAUCCUGUAAAUCAUCAAAAGGUUACAUUUCCAUUUCUAGGGGUUUGUUUUACUCGACUGAAACAAGCAUCAUCCAGGAAAAGCCAAUUCCUAAGAAGAAUGACAAUCUGUACAGGAGGAUUUCACCCGUCGGGGAUCCUAACGCUUCGAUGAUACCGAUACUCGAACAGUGGGAAAAAGAAGGUAAAUCCGUCAAAAUCGAGCAGCUCAUUGUCAUAAUCAAAAGCCUCCGGAAGUUCAAUCGAUACACCCACGCUCUCCAGCUUUCAGAAUGGAUGUCCAAAAAAAGGACGAAACUUCACCCAGCAGGUUUUGCAGUUCACUUGGAUCUACUAUCAAGAGUCGAAGGCGUAGAACAAGCUGAAAACUAUUUCAAUACCAUUCCAGACGAAGUAAAGAAUUUCCAAGUCUAUGGCGCCCUUCUAAACUGCUACUCCAGUACAAAAUCACUAGAAAAAGCAGAAUCCCUCUCAGAAAAGAUGAAGCAAAUGGGAAUGAUGACAACACUUUCUUACAACUCAAUGCUUAAUCUCUACAAAAAAACCGGAGACAUCAAAAAGCUAGAUGAAACCUAUCAAGAAAUGCUAGAAACAGGUAUUUCAUGUGAUAAACCAACUUUCUACAUCCGAUUAAGUGCAUACGCUUCUCUCCCCAACAUUGAAGCAAUGGAAAAAGUUCUUAAAAGAAUGGAAGAAAUCUCUACACUUACAGUUGACUGGAACGCCUACAUCAUCAUCUCAGGUGGGUAUUUAAAAUCCGGUAAACCGGAAAAAUCCUAUGAAAUGUUACAGAAAUCAGAAGGGUAUAUCCGUGGGAAUUCCAAAGGGGCAGCUUGGGAAAUUCUUAUUCGAAUGUACGCUUCUCUAGGUAAAAAAGAUGAUGUGUAUAGAAUAUGGAAUUUAUACAAAUCCUCAUGGAGUAAAGUAUACAAUCGAGGCUAUUCAUCUGUGAUUUAUGCAUUAGUGAAAUUGGAUGACAUUGAUGGAGCUGAGAAGAUGUUGACCGAAUGGGAAGCUCAAAACUUGUCUUUUGACUUUAGGAUACCGAAUAUGGUUAUUGGUGGGUAUUGUAAGAAGGGUAUUUUGGGGAAAGCGGAAAAGUAUGUUGAGCGGGUUGUGGGGAUGGGGAAGAUGGCUCCGGCGAGCACGUGGGGGUUGUUUGUGGCGGCGUAUGUUAGGGAGGGUGAGAUGGAGAAGGCGGUGGAGGUGUUGAGAAAGUGUGUGGUGGCUGAGGAUAAAAGGGGGUGUAGAUUGGAUCAAGAUGUGUUUGAAAAAUGUGUGGAGUAUUUGAAAGGGAAAGGGGAAUUGGAAUUGGUGGGAGAGAUUGAGAGGAGUUUUGAAGGUAGGAUUCGUGUUCCAAGGAUUUCGGAUGGGGAUGAAGGAUUGGAAUCGCAGGAUUUUGAUGAAAUUGAAGAGAGUAAUCGGUGAUGGAAUUGAAUUCCGAUUCCAUGGUGAUAAAUGUAAUAAUGAUUAGGGUAUGGUUGGGUUUUAACUUUUUAGAUUUUAAGAAUCGAAUUAAAGAAAAAGUUUUGUUCGGAUGAAUGAGCUUGAAUGUAAGGAAUUAAAUUCAAAAGCCACC